CUGCCCACGAUGCUAGUCUUCAAACCUUCGACAUCUUUACGGACGACAGAGAGACAGUGUCGAGGUCGGGUUAUCAGACUUGGACCUUGAUCUACAACAGCGUGAAACGAUCCACAUACGAUGAACAGUACGGCGAAUAACACUACGGCACCAUCAGAAUUAUGCGACCCGUAUUAUAUAUGGCCGCCGGCAAGUGAACGAGCCCAUGAUUCCCUGAGGCCAAACAUCUACGCUUCAACCGUGAUUUGCUGGCUUAUAGCCGCUCUUUUUGUUGGGUUGCGGCUAUACACGAGGAGCGUCAUCAUUCGAGUGUUGGGACCCACGGAUUGGAGUAUCUUGGCUGCUUUAGUGUUUUCGUUGGCUACAAGUGUUGGGACUAUAGAGCAGGCUAUCAACGGUUCCGGCCUUCACGUCUGGGACAUUGACUGUUCAGAUGCAGCAGCGGGGAUUGCUUGGUACAGGGCCUCCUGGUACUCUCUCGUCUUCUACACCCUUUGUCUCUACUUCUCCAAAGCUUCCAUCUUGCUACUUUACAUCCACCUCUUCAACUUUCGCUGGGCCCGACUCGGUGGCCAAAUCCUCCUGUCCAUCGUCACCAUCAGCCACGUCUAUAUGCUCGCCGUGUGCUUCGUGGCCACUAUUCCCUUGAAUUCCUACUGGGACUCCACCAUUCAGAGACAAUGGACUGCGCCCCAGUCAAUGUGGUGGUCCAGCACAGGUCUGCACAUGGCGACAGACUUUUUAAUUUUCUUGCUGCCGUUGCCUGUGGUGUGGUCAGUCAUGUUGCCCAAGAGGCAAAAGAUUGCGCUUUCCGUGGUCUUUGGAUUUGGUUUUGUGAUCUGCUUCAUCUCUAUCCUCCGCCUCCUCAAGCUCCUCAAAGUCCAAACUACCCGUAACCAUCCGACCGAUUGGGCCUACAACGCCGCCGAGCUCACUUACCUUACGGCACUCGAGUGUAACGGCGCCAUUGUCUGUGCCUGCGUCAUGACGUUGAGGCCCUUCAUCGUCAAGUACUUCCCCAAACUCCUUGCCUCCCAUUCCCGCUACCCCAUUGGAAGCAACGGGCAAGGCGGAAGACUGAGCGAUAGUAUCACUCCGCCAACCAUUGGAUCGAAGCCGUUCAAGCCUCCGGUAUCACCGGCAGAGGCGGUUUACAUGCGACGGGAGAGGACGAAUGCUUGGAUGGAUGGUGGUUAUGUAGAGCUGGAUAAUACGUGGGAGGGGUUCGAAGGAGCAGCGGUGAAUGAUGUGGAGAUGAAGGAAGGGGUUGGGAAUAAGAAGGAAAAGAACGGGGAGAAGGAGCAUUUGGGGGUAAGGAGAUGGAAUAGUCUGAGGACACUCCACCACCACCACGAUCAGAAAGGGGGUAGAAGUACUGGAGAAGAAGAUGGGAUCCAAGUGAGGAGAUCGGUGGAUGUUACGGUGCAGGUUGCGCAGUCACGGGAGCAUGAGAAUGAGGAUGGGAGUGGAAAUGAGAACAGAGACAGAGCAAGUGAGGUGUGUAAAAAGGGGACUGCGUUAUGAUCUCGUAAUGAUGGGAAAGAUGAUACCAGGCUACGGAAUAAGGGCGUUGAGUGUUCAUGAGCGAUGGUACCAAAACAGUUCGACUACAGUUCAAUUAGGUCUGAUAACGUUUUGGUUUUGGCUUGGAGCAUUAACGUUUGACUGCAAGGACAUCUCAAAAGGGAAUUUAAGUGCUUGGUUGUACUGUGUAUACUGCUAUUUGUGUGGUGGGGACAUUUCUGAAGGUCUAAUACUCUGGGAUGCAUUCUGUCUAGG